GGGACGCAAGGCACGUCGCGCCCGGGCGCCGCCACGUCCGACGGUCUGCGUCAGCGCGAGGGCGGCGAACAUGGCGUCGUCCGCCGCCGGCCUGGGUGGCGGUGCGGGGCCCGGGUCCGAGGCUGGGGAUUUCCUGGCCCGCUACCGCCAGGUGUCCAGCAAGCUGAAGAAGCGGUUCCUGCGGAAGCCGAACGUGGCGGAGGCGGGCGAGCAGUUUGGCCAGUUGGGCCGCGAGCUGCGUGCCCAGGAGUGCCUGCCCUACGCGGCCUGGUGCCAGCUGGCGGUGGCGCGCUGCCAGCAGGCGCUCUUCCACGGGCCUGGGGAGGCGCUGGCGCUGACCGAGGCCGCCCGACUCUUCCUGCGGCAGGAGCGCGACGCGCGCCAGCGACUCGUCUGCCCGGCAGCCUACGGGGAGCCGCUGCAAGCCGCGGCCAGCGCUCUGGGCGCCGCCGUGCGCCUGCACCUCGAGUUGGGCCAGCCGGCCGCCGCCGCCGCCCUCUGCCUCGAGCUGGCCGCCGCCCUGCGCGACCUGGGCCAGCCGGCCGCCGCCGCCGGCCACUUCCAGCGCGCCGCGCAGCUGCAGCUGCCGCAGCUGCCCCUGGCCGCGCUGCAGUCUCUUGGCGACGCCGCCUCCUGCCAGCUGCUGGCGCGCGACUACAGCGGUGCCCUGGCGGUCUUCACGCGCAUGCAGCGCCUGGCGCGGGAGCACGGCAGCCACCCGGUGCAGCCGCCGCCGCCACUGCCGCCGCCGCCGCCGCCGCCGCCGCCGCCAGGGCAGCAGGUGGGCCCCGGCGCGGCCCCGGCCCUGCCCGCCGCGCUGCUCCCUCCGAGCGCCGGCUCUGCGGCUGGCGCGCCCUCUCCCGCCGCGCUGGGAGCCUUCUCGGAUGUGUUGGUCCGCUGCGAGGUGUCCCGCGUGUUGCUGCUGCUGCUACUGCAGCCACCGCCCGCCAAGCUCCUGCCGGAGCAUGCCCACACCCUGGAGAAGUACUCCUGGGAGGCUUUCGACAGCCACGGGCAGGAGAGCAGUGGCCAGCUUCCCGAGGAGCUGUUCCUGCUGCUCCAGUCCUUGGUCAUGGCCACCCACGAAAAGGACACAGAAGCCGUCAAGUCGCUGCAAGUGGAGAUGUGGCCACUGCUGAGUGCUGAGCAGAACCACCUCCUUCACCUCGUUCUGCAAGAAACCGUCUCCCCCUCGGGACAGGGCAUCUGAUGAAUCACCUUAACGAAGUGACUUUUUGCUUGUGACAGAACUUCGUGCACCUCCCCUGGCGUUUGGGGCGGAGGGGGGCGGGCGGCGGAAUAAAAGACGUGAAUCCUGGCAGUUCUACCUUUGUUUAUCUUAUUCCUCUUGCCUCCAUAGGAACUUAGUUGACCGGAACUUACCUGUAUCCCAAAAACUUACUUCCAUGACGGUGGGAGGGAAACAGCAGCAACGUGAUAGAAUCAGUGGAGGACAUGGCUCUCUUCCCCAAAACUGCCCACAUACAAGUCCAUGAUGUAUUCACUCAUUUGAAACUGACAGCCCAGGACUCAGGCUGUGCCACGCAGUGAAGCUACAGAGAUCCUUGGCGUUGUGGACCUUACUCAGCUGCAAUGCAAAUGUGUCCGGUGCAAGGGAGGGGGCGUGUUCUAAUGCAAAUGUGUCUGAUGUGCCUUGGAAUUCACAGUUCUGGUUCUAGGUUCCAUUCUGAGAGGUAUGCCUCGUCCGCGUGACGACUUUUAUUUUGUGGUAGGGAGCUCUCUGCGACUCUUAUUUAACUCAAAUAUGUAAAAUCAGCAUGGUUCUCUGGUACUGUGCGGUCCUAUAUAUGCUAGACGGUGUCUCUGUUCCCCAAGAGCAGGAGAG